UUUUCUUCUUCAUCUUUUUAUUACGAGGAAGUAGAACAAGAAGAAGAACAUAACACUUGUUUGUCCCUUUCCCACCUCCAAAUUUUCUCUGGUUUCCUCGACAAAGACUUAGGGGAAAGAAAGAGAGAGAGUCAGAGAGGAAGUCUGAUUAUUCUAUCUCCAGCUUUUAAUGUUGUUGUCUCUCUCAUUCACUUUCCAGGAAAACUCUUUCUCAUGUUAGUUAAAUAGAUCUCUGUUCAUACUUAUUCCAUAAUUCAUUUUUUUGGGUUUAACUUCUCAGAUCAAAAGUAAUAAAUUGUUUUCUUUAUUCCACCAAAAUUCAACUUGUUUUCCUAAGAAAAAGUUUUAAUUUUCUACUUUGUAUCUCUCCUCUCCUGAAGACAUGAAUUGUCUGUUCUUGUUCAAAUCAAAGAAACCAAAACCCAGAGAUCAACACAAAGACAAAAGAAAAGGAAAAGAGUUAGCACGAAACUCAGCUCCAGAACUGAGGAACCAGAGCGAAACGCUGUCGUUUAACCUCCAGACGCCGAGAUCGUUGCCUUCUCCGCGAAGCAUCAGAGACUUGUAUACAGAGAGGGAAAAUAAUCUUAGGGUUUUCACUUACGAAGAACUCAGUGAAGCCACUAAUGGUUUUAGCAGAAAGCUCAAGAUCGGUGAAGGUGGUUUCGGUAGUGUUUAUAAAGGAAAGAUUCCGACCACCGAAGAUUCUGAUUCUCCACUUGUCGUAGCCAUCAAGAAACUCAAUCAACAAGGCUUACAGGGUCACAAGCAAUGGCUAGCAGAGGUUCAGUUUCUUGGGGUAGUGAACCAUCAGAACGUUGUGAAGCUCUUAGGCUAUUGCUCAGAUGAUGGCGAGAGGGGGAUCGAGAGGCUUCUGGUUUAUGAGUUCAUGUCGAAUCGAAGCUUAGAGGAUCAUCUCUUCACCCGUGGAUCAUAUGCAUUACCAUGGAAACAAAGGCUUGAGAUCAUUCUUGGUGCAGCUGAAGGAUUGGCUUAUUUACAUGAAGUUCAGGUGAUAUACCGAGACUUCAAAUCCUCUAAUGUGCUCUUAAACGACGAGUUUUGUCCGAAAUUAUCGGACUUUGGGCUUGCAAGAGAAGGACCUCAUGGCGACAAUACUCACGUCACAACUGCUAGAGUUGGAACACAUGGCUAUGCGGCUCCUGAGUACGUGCAAACAGGCCAUCUUCGAAUGAAAAGCGAUGUCUAUAGCUUCGGUGUUGUGCUCUACGAGAUCAUAACGGGACGCCGAACCAUUGAGAGGAACAAGCCAGCCGCUGAACAAAGGCUAUUAGAAUGGAUCAAAGAGUAUCCUGCUGAUAGUCAACGCUUCAACAUGAUCGUUGACUCUCGUUUACGCAACGAUUAUCCAGCUGGUGGAGCCAGGAGUUUGGCUAAACUCGCUGAUCUCUGUCUGAAAAAGAACGAGAAAGAGAGGCCUACGAUGGAGAUUGUAGUGGAAAGAUUGAAGAAGAUUAUCGAAGAAUCAGAAAGUGAAGCUUAUUCAACGUCUGCGAGUCAGGUAAGAAGCAAGAGUCGAGUGGCUGGACCCGUGAAGGGGAGUUCGAGAGGAGUUAGUGUCAGAGGUUGAUUUUUUUAGUUUUAGAAGAUUAUUUUUGUAGGUUUUAGUAUAUAAAUAAGUUACAUGGUUUAUGAGAUUUGUUGGUUGGUUUUGGGAUUAGUAGUUAGCUUAUUUGUGUCUUUAGAGCAUGAUUAUCCCAGAGCUCCUUUUUGGGUCUCUUAAUAUUUGUUUAAUAUUAUUAAGCAGUAAAUGUGAGGUUAAGAGACAUAA